AUGUUUUCCGUCAUAGGUUAUCGACAAGCCGGAAUGCCUUCCCGAUUUCGACAAGCUGAUGAAAUGUGCCGCCGACGGAUCAGACCACAGGAGUUGCUGUUCCCGUCAGAAUAUUCCCAGGAGAUGCUUGGAUUGGUGCAGGGGAGAGCCGGUCCUGAACAACAAGAUUUGCGUCUUGUCUUACACCAAACUGAUAAUGGCUUGUUUCCACGAAGAAAGAAUAUUUCCAGGGAUAAGCUUCCUGGUCCACCGCAGAAUGUACGAGUCGAUUUCAUCGAUAACCAUUCAGUUGACGUCAUAUGGGAUCCUCCGUUCAAAAAUGCACACACUGUAGAAUUGUACAGGGUGAUUGUCACGAACAUCGAUUCGAGCACCAAAGAGAGCUUCAGGAAGGACACAGCUGAAUCUCAAAUAAAAAUCGACGAUCUCAAAGCUGGUACGACGUACCAAGUGACGGUGCGGGCAGGCAACAGCCGAGGCACUUCCAGCCUCACCGCUCCCCUCAAAUUCAGCAUGGCCGACGAGCACGUGACCUCCACAGCCAGCAGGGGCGAGCAGGACGGUCACGUGGGCGCAAUGGUGGCGGUGGGGGCGGCUUUGGUCGUCAUAGCGGCCAUCUUGGUGGCGGCGGUGUGGUUCGUGAGGAGGAGGAGGCUGUUGGGAGUGAAGGAUUCCGAUGGAGUUGCGUUCGAGAAUCCUAGUUAUUUGAAGGAGGUCAAUAUGGAUCAUAUCAGGGUUCCCCAAUCGCAAAAUGACACUUCGAAACAAACGAGCGCGACCAACAACGCUUCUUCUUCCACUGACAGCCCGCAGUGGAUCAGUGAAAACUUGCACGUACCUGCCCAACAAGAAGUCGACCCCACCCUGUACGAAGAACUAAAAUUGGGCCAAAACGGAGCGGGUUUCAAGAGGUUGAAGCCCUAG